AUGCUGUACACACGUCCAAUGCCAGUGGCCGAUCACUUUAUGGCGCCUUGGGCCUAUGGCGACGGACAAACGGACGCGGCCAACUUAGGCGAAGUGUGUGAAACGUGCUACACACAUUGCGCCGCUGGGAAGACGGAACUGUGGCGGCACGCGCGCGACGAGCAUGGCGCGGACCCGAGACUGUCGUGUCAAGUGCCCGGCUGCGGCCGGCAUUUUUUCGCUGCGGCCAUAUGCGCAGAUCACCGUGCUCACCACCUUAACGGCGGCGGUGGCGGCGGUCAGCACGCCGACCACGAGAUCGCGGGCCCUAGUGACCGGCCACCGUUGACGUGCGAACUGUGCGGCCACCUGUCCUAUAACCGGUCCAAGUACGACAGGCACGUGAGCGCGGCGCACCCUGAAGCCCUGGCCGCCACGUGUGGAGUGUGUCACUCGUACCUGGGCGACGUGUCGUCGCUCAUCGACCACGUGCAGAGUGUGCACGCCCUCGAGAUCUGUCCCGAUCUGUCAGCGACAGAGAAGACUUUGGACAGUGGAUCCGAUCCGAAGCUGUCGCACCGGCGGAGUAUACGGUGCCCGGUGUGCGGCAAGCGGUACGGCAACAACCGCAACAUGUAUGCUCACAGGCGGGUGCACGGCUUCGCCGAUGACGUUUUCCCGGCCCACCCGCAGUCGCAAUGGUCCGGUGCACCCACAGCUAUGUGCAGCAGCCCGGUGCACCCACAACUAUGCAGUAUCCCGGUGAAUCCAUAG